GUGUGUUUGGUUGGAUAUAUAUCAAUGUAACAAUGUUUCAUCGCAUGAAUCUGGUCGUGAUCUAAUGCUCAUGGAGUUGGACGAUUCUCGUAACCAAAUAUCAGUCAAGAUCAAGUGUUAUGAAAUAUUUGUUAGAAUCAAAACAAAAUGUUACGAGUUCUCAAUAAAUCAAUUCGCGCUAACCGUUGUUUUCACACGGGUUCGAUCGUUAUGGGGAAGAAAGUUGCCGUGGUUCUAUCUGGUUGUGGGGUGUAUGAUGGUACAGAAGUACACGAAGCAUCGGCUUGUUUGGUUCACCUGAGUCGCGCUGGAGCCGAAGUGAAAAUGUUCGCACCCGAUGUUGAACAAAUGCACUCGAUCAACCAUGUUAGUGGUGAGGUGAUGGAUGGUGGGAGGAAUGUGUUGGUGGAAUCGGCAAGGAUUGGAAGGGGGAUGGUAGAACCACUGGCACUAUUGAACGAAGCCGAUUUCGAUGCGUUAGUGUUCCCUGGUGGUUUUGGAGCUGCCAAGAAUUUAUCGUCAUGGGCAGUGGAUAAUAUUGAUUGUGAUGUCAACAAUGAAGUGGAAAAGACAAUCAAAGAUUUUCAUUCAAACAAGAAACCAAUCCGGUUAACUUGUAUUGCCCCUGUGCUGGCUGCUAAGUGUCUACCAGGUGUUGAGGUUACUUUAGGUCACGCUGAGGGGGAUGAUUGGCCUUAUAGUGGGACAGUGGGGGCUGUACAACAAUGUGGGGGUGUGCAUGUGGAGAAAGACGUUACUGAAUGUCAUGUGGACACGAAUAUGCGCAUUGUGACGACUCCGGCGUACAUGUGCAACACCAGUGUGCACCGUGUGUUUGACGGCAUCGGGGAGAUGGUGAACAAGUUACUUAAGUUGUGUUGAACCAAUAUACAUGGAAUCGUGGUCAGCAUUCGUAAUGUUCAUUAUUAUCAAUAAAGAUCAAAUAAAGUUA